AUGUGGUUGCAAAAGUCUUCGUCUUCUAGAACUAAGGUAUGCUCUUCAGUUUUCGGCUCCCCCGCCUCGCCUCCUAUCCCGCCAAGCGAAAAGAAUCUAGGUAUACACGAACAGCGUCUUGCUCUUACUUGGGUUGUAGACAACAUCGCCUCUUUUGGUGACGAACCCUCCAAGGUGACAAUCUGGGGUCAGUCCGCUCGCGCCUUUUCUAUCGACGGCCACCUCAAAGUAUACGCCAAGGACUCUUCGACCCCAUUCCGCGCCGCAAUCAUGUCUAUUGGACAAAUGAGCUUCAGGUAUCUUGCAUUUCCAUCACCCGGGAUCGAGGCCUGUACGGGGCUGUUGACUGCAGUGGGAUGCGCCAAUACAUUAGGUGAACUAAAAUGUGUGAAAGCCGUCCAGGCGGAAUACCUCAUCAGUAUAUUGUCAAGGUUCCGGUUCUGA